CCGGCGGCACGUGUCUAGCCUAGUCAGUCGGAAGAGGACUAUAAUUCCCAGCAAGCUCCGGGUGAAGGAGGAGGUCCCUGGCUCUUGCUGGGGGGCGGGAUCGUCUCCUGCGCCGAUUCUGCAUGGGCGGCGGAGGACUGCUGGCCGCGGCCAUUGGAGGGUCUCCAGGCGCCGUUCCCUUUGCGCUGCUUCUCUUGCCGCUGCCGGCGCCCCCAUGGCUACAGCGUCGCCCUUGAAAGUCAGCAUCGUGGGCUCUGGAAACUGGUGAGCGCAGGUGGGGGGCGCGAUCCGCCCAGAGGCCAUCGGGGCCCCGAGAGGAACCUGCGCUUCCUGGUCCUCAGCCCUUGUUGCUUAGGAUGCGCGGGUUAUAGGGGCGCAGGCAGGGGUGGAGAAUCAGGCGUCUCCUACUCCUCUGGAUCGAGGUCUGUUUUUCCUAACAAAGAAUUCCCUGCAAAAUAAUAUAUGCAGCUGUCACGAACCGUCAUCCUUGUUCUACUUCCUUGUUGGGCGGGAAUAGGCGACACCCCUGAUCACCCUUUUGCAAAUCUCCUUUUUUUCUGAAUGGCAACUAUCCCCCCCCCCCCCCAACAGUUAAUCGCACGUGCGUCAGGUUUGCGGUUCGUUUUAAUACCUCGAGACUGGGCCUGAUCACCCGCUAAUUUCCCCCCUCUUUCUUGUCCUCGCCCUGGCUUAGGAUAGUGGAAGAAUGAUGGCGUUAUUCUAAAGGCACCGAUGACGGUUCUCUAGUUUGGGAGGGUUUUCUCAAGGCAGGUGGGCAGGACGCACGCCACCAGAGAACAGCCCACAAAACUCCCAUGCACUCAGCGAGAACUCGGGUCCAUGCAACGCCAAAAGGGUGCCAUCCGUAGAAUAAUAGAAUUGUAGAGUUGGAAGGGACACUGAGGGUCACCCAGCCCAUCCGCAUGCAAUGCAGGAAUCCUUUGCCCAACGUGGAGCUCAGACCGACGACCCUAAGAUUAAAGAGUCCAUGCGCAAGAGAGAAAUACCUCUCCAAGGUUUGUGGAAGUACAAAUGAAUGGGGUUGUGAGGCGGGGAAGGUAGCUCAGAACAGCUUGAUGAAGUCUAAGCAUGCUGUGGUUGCAGAAUGCUGACUGUUUAGGGAACCAACAUGGGUAAACCCAUGGGUAAAAGGGACCCCUGACUAUUACGUCCGAUCGUGGCCGACUCUGGGGUUGCGGCGCUCAUCUUGCUUUAUUGGCCGAGGGAGCCAGCGUACAGCUUCCGGGUCAUGUGGCCAGCAUGACUAAGCCGCUUCUGGCGAACCAAAGCAGUGCAUGGAAAUGCCGUUUACCUUCCCGCCUAUUUACUUACUUGCACUUUGACAUGUUUUCAAACUGCUAGGUUGGCAGGAGCAGGGACUGAGCAACGGGAGCUCACCCGGUCGCAGGGAUUCGAACCGCCGACCGUCUGAUCGGCAAGUCCUAGGCUCAGUGGUUUAACCCACAGCGCCACCCGAAACGUUGACAGCUAUGUGAACCCAUGACCUCAAGAUUAAGAGUCGCAUGCUCUACUGACUGAGCUAUCCAGCUACACAUAUGUAACAUAUAUAUUUUUGCAGGACUCACUUGUUACAUAUGCUUUACAUGCAUAUUUUAUUCUUCCUCCAAGGGUGAAGUGAGUGGUUCUGUUCUCUCCCUCCAUUUUAUCCACACAGCAGUCCUGUUCUGCUGAAAAAUAGUCACUGACCCAAGACCACCCAGUGAACUUCAUGUUGGAGAUGGGAUUUGAACCUCGUUCUCCUGGGUUCUGGUCCAGUAUGCUAACUAUUGCACCACAAUGGCUCCUUUUGCAUGACAGUGCCUAGUCCUUCCAGCAGUUGUGCUUAAAGCUUUCAGAUGAAUGUGUGCUAGAUAUUCUGCAAGAUGACCAUGUUCCUGCUUCCUGUGUCCCACAACGCCUUAAAUACUCCGCUUAGAAACCAGAAGUGUCUGUUUCAGAAUGCUACUUAUUUCCCCUGUCAGUAACAAACUUUGUCCUAAGUUCCUCUUGUCUACCACCUGAAUGUGGCUAAAAAACACAUUCUGGUUCGCCUGGGUUCUAGUCAUCCGCUGAACCACAGUGGCUGUCAUUCCUUUUGCACGAUGCCUGUUGCAUAUAGAUAUUUCCACUUUUCAUGCUGCAUUAAGAAGAAUACCUUUUGCUCUGGAAAGUAUUACCUGUAGAACUCCCUUUGCUCACCUUUGUCUUCAUCCUUUCACGGAAUAUGCACGGAGGGAGAGAAUCACACUAGCUGGUUCCACUUCCCCCACUCCCAACCUCUGCAGAACAGACAAAGUUGAGGCUGCACAUGGAUAAAUGCUCAAUUUACUUACACGUGCAUGGAGUCUGUAUUCAGGACUGGGAGACCUAGCCCUGUUCUCCCUGUUGUCUGAACAAGUGGAAGGAGAAGGGGAACAUGCUAUCCAGCCCCACCCUCUGCGCAUUCAGCUGAAGUUUGCCUUCUGGGCUUUCAUCCGCAGGUGUGUCAUUGGUGAGGGUGAGGCUCCUGUGACUGACUGCAACAAGUAGCCAAGCCUUUAGUGUCACCUGUCGAUAGAAAUUCCGCACGCGCCUUCUCUGUGUCAGCUUUUAAAUGCCUGCUGCGCUUAUGCAGGCAUUUCACCUUUCCAUUAGCUGACUUUUGAUUUUAACGCUUUUGUAUCCCAUAUUUUGUACCCAUAUUUUGUAUGGGUAGGGACAGGGGUGGCGCUGUGGGUUAAACCACAGAGCCUAGGGCUUGCCGAUCAGAAGGUCGGCGGUUCGAAUCCCCACGACGGGGUGAGCUCCCGUUGCUCAGUCCCUGCUCCUGCCAACAUAGCAGUUCGAAAGCAUGUCAAGUGCAAGUAGAUAAAUAGGUACCGCUCCAGUGGGAAGGUAAACGGCGUUUCUGUGUGCUGCUCUGGUUCGCCAGAAGCGGCUUAGUCAUGCUGGCCACAUGACCUGGAAGCUGUAUGCCGGCUCCCUCGGCCAAUAAAGCGAGAUGAGCGCCACAACCCCAGAGUCGGUCACGCCUGGACCUAAUGGUCAGGGGUCCCUUUACCUUUACCUUUUUAUGCCAGGUGGGUGGGGUACAAUUAUUAUUAUUAUUAUUAUUAUUAAGCUUAGUGUAUGGCUUUAUGUAUAAUUGAUAUAUGCAAAUUGCUUCCUGUGAAGCACCUCAAAGCAAUUCUACAAUACAAUAAAGCCUAGAAAAAAUACAUAUAUAAAAACAAGUUCAAAUCCAAUAGAGAUAUUACUGGGAUAGCAGUUUUAUCCCUUCGAAUGGAGCAGCUUUUUGCGGGGAGGGGAGCAGUUCAGAUUGCUCUUCAAGGAACCUAGAUGAUGUUUUGGUCUGUUUACAGAGGAGGAUAGAGCUGGGUGGUAUCUGGUUUUCAACAUUGUGAUAUAUCACCAGCUAAACAUUGCGAUAUACAGUGGUACCUCGGGUUAAGUACUUAAUUCGUUCCGGAGGUCCGUUCUUAACCUGAAACUGUUCUUAACCUGAAGCACCACUUUAGCUAAUGGGGCCUCCUGCUGCUGCUGCGCCGCUGGAACACGCUUUCUGUUCUCAUCCUGAAGCAAACUUCUUAACCCGAGGUAAUGUUUCUGGGUGAGCGGAGUCUGUAACCUGAAACAUAUGUAACCUGAAGCAUAUGUAACCUGAGGUACCACUGUACUUUAUUUUAAAAAGGGGGGAGGGGUGUUUAUGUCCAGGAGGAAUAGUGGGAUAUUUUUAACCUGCUUUUUGUCUUGCACCCACUGAGAUAUCGUCUGCAAUAUCAGCUGACAGAGCCUGUUCAAAUUGCUCAAUGUUGGCAGCAGAUUAGUGCUGACUUUGUUUCCUGAAGGGCAUAAGUUUUACAUGAGCCCCAUUUCAAACUUGCAGAGACAAAACUUUAUUUCGUGGUCACUUGUAGGAGCUGUCAGAAGCAUUUUACAGAGAGUUGCAAAACUACACAGCACACACUCUUCAGAACUGGGAAUGAGGAAAUGGGAGAAGGUGGUUUGCUAUUUUGCAAUUUUGUGUUCCUAUACUGGUUACUUGCUUUCAUCCAUUGCCAUUGUGAUACUGCAGUAGAGUGGUACCUCGGUUUACGAACAGCCCUGUUUCCGAACUAUUCGGUUUAAGAACUCCAUAAAACCGGAAGUAGUGUUCCGGUUUGAGAACUUUACCUUGGUUUACGUACGGAAGCCAAAUGGUGGAAGGGCGCUGGCAGCAGGAGACCUCAUUAGGGAAAGUGUACCUCAGUUUAAGAAUGGUUUUGGUUUAAGAAUGGACUUCCGGAACGGAUUAAGUUCGUAAACCCAGGUACUACUGUAAAUAUAUUCAGUAACACGACUGCUUUUUAACAUGGGUGCCUUAUCUGUUUGUUUUGUUUCCUUUGCUGUAAAGGCUCUACGUGAAUACAUUAUUCCAUUUUUUACAGGUAGCAUAUUGGUCAAAGCUUAGCAAUGUUGACCUAUUUUAUAUAUUGGCCCGUUGGAACAAAAUUUAUCAUAUAGAUUUUAUGAGGGCAAACUCAUGUUCACAAUGCACGAUGCAAUAUUUAAAGUUACAUAGGGCUUUUCCUCUGUUGGAUGUCCCCAAGGAAUUUGAAGAGGGAAAGUGUAUUUUUAAGUGAGACUGAGGUCUUAAGCCCUGUUUAAUCGUUUGUUUCAAUCUUAAAUGUGCAAAAUAUCUGAGGUAGAGCAAAUACACAUUGGGACAGACAAGCCAAAAGAGGUUCCCAAUUAUGGAAAUACAAAAAAAACCCCCAAGGUGGUUACAAAUGCAGAUCCUUGGCAUGUAACAGGUUAAUGUAUUUCCAAAGAGAUCGACCAUUUUUUUUGGGGGGGGAGGCCUUGGAAACUCUUUCAGCACACCCUGAACAUUAGUUCUUCCAGUUAAGGGUUUGACAAGUAUAUGCACAUAACCCUAAUUUUAGGAACUGCUGGUAUUUGCUUUUCCUUGCAUCAUUCAGUUUAAUUUAAAUAUAUUAAGCUACAAAUAUUAAUAGCUGUUUCGGUAAUUAUUUUACACAGUGCAUUCAAUCUAAGUCACUGUUUGGCUUAGCAUGACAUGCCAACAAGGUCAGUGGUUCAUCCAGCGUCACUAAAUGAGCUUUAUGACUGAGUGUUUUGAACCUAGCAGUAGUUUGAAAGUCCAUGACAGGCCUCCCCAACCUGCGGCCCUCAAGAUGUUUUUUGGGACUACAACUCCCAUGAUCCCUAGCUAACAGGACCAGUGGUCAGGGAUUAUGGGAAUUGUAGUCCAAAACAUCUGGAGGGCCGAAGGUUGGGGAUGCCUGGACUAUGAUCACUGCAAAACACUGGAAAAAUAUCUCCUGAUGGGAAAGAAUUGAUUCAUUGAUUGCUUCCCUAGCAAUGGAUUUUGUCAGCUACCUACCACAUCCAAGAGAGCACAUAAUUUUCAAAUUAAAAUCUAGUGGCUUCGAUAGUCUGCAUUUGGAGCAGUAUAAAGUGUCAAUGUUUCAUCUGUUUGCACAGGGGUUCCCCUCUCCUUUUAAGGCAGCUGAUACUAAGAAGGAGGAGGAGGAGGAGGAGCUGUAUCCUCAGUGUGUUGUUUUAGUGAUCUAUAAAAGCCUUCAUUAUAUCAGACCUCUUCUAUUUCUAAAUUUAUUCUAGCACCAUGUGACACUUCCUAGGCAGAAGUCAUGAAAGAGAGUUGUGUGUGAAAGAGACGGUUGCACAUAUAAGACAGAAGAAGUCUCUUAACAGAUGCAUUUUUUUAAUUUAUCCGUUGCCUCGUGGCUCAGUGGGGCCUUGCAUCAAAGAAAGCACAUGCAGUUUAAAUACCAGUCCUUAUUAUCCUUAACAUAUAAAAGACAUGUGACAAGUACAGAAUGACUGGAGGCAAGUUAAGAACAUAAAACUGCUCUGCCUUAUGAUAUAAAGCUUCAGGCAUGAGUGUCCGUGACUUUGAGGCACUUGUCGUUGUUCAAAGGGCAUAAAUUUAAACUCUGCACUGGGGCAGAGUUUUAUGCUUCUCAAAUUACCUUGCUUAUCAGUUGAAGAAGUUUAACCUCCUCACUUAAGGUGCCAAACUAGUGCUUAAUGCAAAAUGCCUUGCUGUGCAAUUUGCCUGUGUAAUUGGGCUGCUGUAGGCACAGAGUUUUGCAUACACUAACCAGGGGUCAAGAAGGUUUACCUCGGGCUGGAUCGCGUGGGAGUGCGUGCGCCCACGAUUUUUGGCGUCUGCGCAGAUGAAAUUUCUGGCUCCGCAGAAGCGAGUCCCUGCGCUGUGCUGCACCGGUUUAGCGCAGCGCGGCUCGUUUCGGGGGUGGUUCGGGGGCCAGUUAAAUGUUAUCCCUCGCACAAGUUGCUUUUCAGCUCUCAGUGAAGUGAAAUGAGGGGGAAUAGAAGUACCGGUAAAAGCAGGGCUUUUUUCCGUAGCCAGAACUCAGUUCUGGUACCAUUCUUGCUGGGGCUGAUAGGGAUUGUAGUUUGGUAAAAGGUAAAGGACCCCUGGACGGUUAAGUCCAGGCAAAGGUGACUAUGGGGUUGUGGUGCUCGUCUCGCUUUCAGGCCGAGGGAGCCAACGUUUGUCCACAGAUAGCUUUCUAGGUCAUGUGGCCAGCAGGACUAAACCGCUUCUGGCACAACAGGACACCAUGACGGAAACCAGAGCGCAUGGAAACGCUAUUUACCUUCCUGCUGCGGUGGUACCUAUUUAUCUACUUGCAGUGGCUUGCUUUCGAACUGCUAGGUUGGCAGAAGCUGGGACUGAGCAAUGGGAGCUCACUCCAUCACGGGGAUUCAAACCACCAACCUUCUGAUCGGCAAGCCCUCUGUCUUAAUAUGGCAUAUUUAAUAAGGUGUCAUAUUUUCUCUAUUUAUUACAGGGGUUCUGCUGUGGCUAAAAUAAUAGGCAACAAUGUAAAAACGCUGCAAAAGUUCGCUUCUACGGUGAAAAUGUGGGUUUUUGAGGAAAACAUUGAUGGACGGAAAUUAACCGAUAUCAUAAAUAAUGAUCACGAGAAUGUAAAAUAUCUCCCUGGACACAAGCUUCCAGACAAUGUGGUAAGACAUAUAUAUUAGUUAUCUCUGUUUAUUUUAAGCAUUUUACUAUUCUAAAAGUAUUGUUUUAAAAGUUUUACUAUUCCCCUCACACGGCUGCAUUUCCCAGAGUUCUCUGGGAAGAGGGAUUGACUGCUCAACCACUCUGGGAAUUGUAGUUCUGUGAGGGGAAAUAAGGGGUCUCCUAACAAAUCGCAGCACCCUUAGCAAACUACAGUUCCCAGGAUUCUUUGGGGGAAGCUAUGCCUGUUGAAGUGAAAUAAGAGAGCUUCAAUUGCAGAUGUGACUUUAGUGUGGGUCCAACCCCAUUGGGCCCAACUAAUAAAUGUCUUCAGAACCUGGUUUUUGUGUGAGGAGAGGAACGGCGCAGAGUAAAAAUAAUGGGCUUAAAGUAAAAGAACAAAAGCUCUUAUUCACAUUUACGUUUUGUUAAAUUCCAAAAUAAUAGCUGUCAGUCAUUUGCAAAAAUUGGAACCCAGUGUGCCCUCCCAGUGAACAGAAGGAGAUCUGCCAUUUGUGGAAGGGGCCUGGGUCUGGCAAGCCUUCCAUUCAUAGCACUGAGAGGCAGUGGCGUAGCGUGGGGGGUGCAGGGGGGGCCGGCCGCACCGGGCGCAACAUCUGGGGGUUAGGGUUAGGGGGCGCAAAUCCACAGGUUAGGGGGCGCAAAUCCACGGGUUAGGGGGCGCAAAUUACUUGCCUUGCCCCGGGUGCUGACAACCCACGCUACGCCACUUCUGAGAGGAGAUUGUUUCUCUGCUGUGCUGCGUCGCAAAACAAGUUAUUUUUCUGGAAGUUGCACCAACAAUCUGAAGUUGAUUUUUAUAGAAGCAUGAGGGGGCUAACUAGGGGAGGAGAGGACAGAAUUUGUUUCCAUUCUGUGAGUAAAUUCUGUUCACAAACCUCUGAUUCCAACCCACAGAGAAUAGUAACCAUUUACUAUCCGCAAUAAAUAUUAGAUUUCCCCAAAUCCAAUGUAAAUGGUAUCUUAUUUAAUUCUGUUUCCAACUUUAGAAGCAAUCAGAAACUUUAUUUUUGUGUUUUUUUAUUGUAAGCUGUCCUGUGAUCUUUGGAUGAAGGGCAGUAUAGAAAUUUGAUGUAAUUUGCCAUUGGUUUGUUUAAAAUUUGGAAAACUAAUAAAUAUUAUUUGGCAAAAAAAACACAAAUUGAAUUACCGUAUUUUUUGCUCUAUAAGACUCACUUUUUCCCUCCUAAAAAGUAAGGGGGAAUGUGUGUGCGUCUUAUGGAGCGAAUGCAGGCUGCGCAGCUAUCCCAGAAGCCAGAACAGCAAGAGGGAUUGCUGCUUCACUGUGCAGCGAUCCCUCUUGCUGUUCUGGCUUAUGAGAUUCAGAAUAUUUUUUUCUUGUUUUCCUCCUCCAAAAACUAGGUGCGUCUUAUGGUCUGGUGCGUCUUAUAGAGUGAAAAAUACGGUAAUAAUAAUAAUAAUAAUAAUAAUAAUAAUAAUACUUUGCUAGUUUACAUUGGGUGGGAAUGAGUUCCAAAUUUGCUUGUGCCUUUAUACUUGAAAUUUACUGUUAUUAUCAGUUGGCUCGCCAGGUAUUAGCUUCUUACAACAAACAAUACAAGCAACACGAAGACCAGUAUACUAGAUAGCACUGCAAGGUAUUAGCUUAUUGGCAGUAUAAAAUAUUUGCUCUGCAAAUAAGCUUUCCGCAAUUCCAGCUGGAUGCAUUUGCCAAUGGUCAAAGCCAGCCAACAAAAGAGUCGCUUUUGGAAUAGUAGAACCAAUCUGUGCUUAGUUUUAAUCUGUGCUAGUUUAAAAUCUUUAAAUUUUAUGGCCAUUAUACAGUGGUGCCUCGCAAGACGAAAUUAAUCCGUUCCGCGAGUCUCUUCGUCUUGCGGUUUUUUCGUCUUGUGAAGCACGGCUAUUAGCGGCUUAGCGGCUAUUAACGGCUUAGCGGCUUUAAGAAAAAGGAAACAAACUCGCAAGAACUCGCAAGACGUUUCGUCUUGUGAAGCAAGCCCAUAGGGAAAUUCGUCUUGCGGAACGACUCAAAAAACGGAAAACUCUUUCGUCUAGCGAGUUUUUCGUCUUGCGAGGCAUUCGUCUUGCGGGGCACCACUGUAAUAAUAAUAAUAAUAAAGCAUUUCUACAAACAAAAUAAAAUCGGCGCAUUGAGACAAAUGUCUUCUUUCUUCUCUCUUUCUCAUCUCUCCCUUUCUUCCUCCCUUGAAUAAAUGUCCAUAGGUUGCUGUCCCAAAUCUGAAGGAUGCCGUGCAAGACGCAGACCUGCUGGUUUUUGUCAUUCCCCACCAGUUCAUUCAUAAAAUUUGUGAUGAGAUCACGGGGCGCGUAGCCAAGAAAGCUGUCGGUAUAACUCUCAUUAAGGUACAACAGAUACAGAUACAAGCCUUACUUUGGUGUCAAUGAAUCCUUUGGAAUUGUUCAAUGGGCUGUUGGACAAAAACAAUGCUGAAGAUAUGUAUAAUCCCUAGACUUACGACAAUAUAGAUCCAGCUCAUUUGGAUCAGUAGUUUUGAGUUCUGAAAGGUGCUGUGCAUCAUGUAAUUAUGUAACGAUGGUAACAUGGCGAGUCAGUGAUGCUGUGGCGUAAUGUCGCACACCCCUGUGGCAAACAUGCCUUGACUGGAGCUCAUCAUUGUAGCGCUGUGACACCCUCCCUCUUGAAUUUUCUUCCAUUAGACGUGAAGCAAGCCCUACAUUGUUCUGUUUUUGAUGUUGGUGGAAACAUUUAUUUCCCCCCUAGCAUUCUCAGAUUGCUCCUAUUUUAUUUCUGAAUUUGUUCAUUUUUAUGUUUUAACACUGCUCCUUGAUUUGUGUUGUGUUGUGUUUUCCAUUUCUGCACAUCACUUGGGUCUUUUCUGCAAAGCAGUUUAUGAAUUCUAAUUUUUUUAAAAAACAAAAAACCCACAGCUUUUAAAUGGUCAUUGCAGUUCUACAGAUUCAGCCUAAUCUAUGGACUCAGCUACAUGUUAAAAUGAAACAUUUUAAAUGUGUUGUGGGGGCGGGACAUGGGUGGCUAAACCACUGAGCCUCUUGGACUUGCUGAUCAGAAGGUUGGCGGUUUGAAUCCCCACGACGGGGUGAGCUCCCGUGUCUCUGUUCCAGCUCCUGCUAACCUAGCAGUUUGAAAGCACGCCAAAAAAGUGCAAGUAGAUAAAUAGUUACCGCUCCAGCAGGAAGGUAAACGGAGUUUCUGUGCGCUGCUCUGGUUUUGAUGUUCCGUUGCACCAGAAGCGGCUUAGUCAUGCUGGCCACAUGACCCGGAAAAACUGUCUGCGGACAAACGACGGCUCCCUUGGCCAGUAAAGCGAGAUGAGCGCUACAACCCCAGAGUCGUCCGCGACUGGACUUAACUGUCAGGGGUCCUUUACCUUUACCCUUUAAAGUGCAAUGUGCAAAUGUGACACUAGAUGGUGAAAGUGAGCUAUGCAAAAAUUCAGUGUAUUUUUCGAACUGUUUUAAAACCAAGCAUUUUCAAGGCGUUUUUUAAUAUGUGUGUAGAUUCCACCCAGAUGGCAUAUAGGCAGAAUUUCACCCACUAGUGAGGAUAAUUAUCAGUCUUCUGUCCGAUGUUGAUAACUGACUAUAGUGGUUACCUUUUAAUGUUUGCUGCAGGGAAUAGAUGAGGGUCCAGAGGGUCUCAAACUCAUAUCUGACAUCAUCCGAGAGAAAAUGGGAAUAGACAUCAGUGUGCUGAUGGGAGCAAAUAUUGCCAAUGAAGUAGCAGCAGAGAAGUUCUGUGAAACCACAAUAGGUAAUUUUUUUUUAGUAUGCUUUAUAUAGGGUCUUCUCCCUGUUGUCAUCUGGUACCAAUCCUCUAAGGACUUUAGAUUUUAUUUAUGACAUUUUUUUAUCUCAUCCUUCACCCAAGACGCUAACAGUAGAAUUUGAUUCCUCUAUAUAUUACCCUGAAGAAUGGUAGAGAUCAUGGGAAUUACAGUGACGUCUUGUGCAGGGGUGAAUGACAUGCUUGAAGAAGGGGCGUGCUUAUAAUCUAUAUUUAUAUAUUCCUGGUUGAGUUUUUAAAAAAUGUUUUUAUGAGGGACCUAUGUAUAUAAGAUGGGACGUGGGUGGCACUGUGGGUUAAACCACAGAGCCUAGGACUUGCCGAUCAGAAGGUCGGCGGUUUGAAUCCCCGCGACGGGGUGAGCUCCCGUUGCUCGGUCCCUGCUCCUGCCAACUUAGCAGUUCGAAAGCACACCAGUGCAAGUAGAUAAAUAGGUACUGCUCCGGCGGGAAGGUAAAUGGCAUUUCCGUGUGCUGCUCUGGUUCACCAGAAGCGGCUUAGUCAUGCUGGCCACAUGUAUGCCGGCUCCCUCGGCCAAUAAAGCGAGAUGAGCGCCGCAACCCCAGAGUCAGUCAUGACUGGACCUAAUGGUCAAGGGUCCCUUUACCUUUAUGUAUAUAAGAUAGCAUUUUGGAUGGAAGACACAGUCUACUGAAAAACACAGUCAUGCUUCAUUAAUAUCUUUGUGAUCAUACCUGGAAUUUUAUUAAAAUAGGGCAGGAGUGGGCCAAAUUAUAUAACGCCCUACUAGAUUAUUGUCGGCAUCUUGUGGCCCAUGGAUUUCUCCAUUAGGCUUGUUUUCAGCAUCCCGUAAGGCACUGGUAUGAUCCAGGUCCUCUCACUUUAAGAGCCCAUAUCCCAGCAUGUGCAGAGAAGGCUUUGCAACUGAGCGUUUUUGAUAGUGCAUCUGGCCCUUGGAUAGGGGACAGAGCAUGUUGAGAAGACUUGGGUUCAAGUCAUGAGGUGUACUGGAUGGGCCUUGAGCCCAGGUCACUGUCUCCAGGCCUGUCGUCCCUCGCAGGGUUGCAAGCCCACUUUGGAUUCUAUGCAGGAAAGAUGAGAAAGAAGUACCGUAUUGGCCGGAAUAUAAGACACACCUGCAAAUAAGAUGCACCUUUAAAAUUCAAGGGGGGGGGGAGAGAAUAUCCGAAUAUAACCCGCUCCCUUAAAAUUGGGUUACAGGCUGAAAAUGGCUGCGGUUGGUAGAAUUGUAACUCCUAGCCAAUUUAAGCCUUUGAAUCUUGCAAGCCCCCAAAAGUUACCGCACAGUCACUAAAAUAGCAAAUCACUAUUCAGUUGCUACAAUUCCGCCCGUAAAUGGCAAAUGAACAGUCUCAAGCUUGCAAAUCGGCAAUAAAACGUUUUUUUGGUUCCGUUUUACCAUAUGUCUGUUUCAGCAGCGAUAUCGUAAAAGAUAAUUUUUGUAAGGUCGCGAAUUUAAGCUGCACUUUAACUUUUUAUGGUCGGAAUUUGGGGGGGGAAGUGUGGCUUAUAUUUGGGUCAAUACAGUAUAAGCCUGAUCAAGGGCUUUAAAGGAUAUAAAAGUAGACAUGAAGAGUUGCCUAGUACCUUGUUUUGAACAGUUCCGUCUUGUUUCUAAAAGCCAGCAUACUAGCUAAAGUAAAGCUGACCGUACUCCUUCUGCCCUUCACCUCCACACCCCAAAAUAACAGGCUGCAAAAUUUUGGAGAAUGGCUUCCUCUUCAAAGAACUUCUCCAGACUCCGAACUUCCGAAUAACUGUGGUGGACGAUGCCGAUACUGUUGAGCUUUGCGGUGCUCUUAAGGUAAUAUUUGUUUUUGGGCAGGGAUGACAUUAAAAGCUAAAAAACAACAACCCUAAAACUAGAAAGCAGAGAGCUAUGGGAAGUUGGGUACUAGGCCAACACCUGCUUCUUGCUUCCUCUUGAUGCUAGGGCUCUGUUAGAGGGUGAUGCCAAAACUCCACUCAACUUGCCUUCUCUCAGAUGGCUUCCUCAUGUUUUGUGUCCGAGGGGGAAGUACUGUGAUGCCAUACUCAAGAUCUUCCUUUCUUCCUAUGCAGCAAGAAACCCCCAAACAAACCACAAGGGUAGGGAUGGGGAAGCCUGCGGCCUUCCCAAAAUUGUUGGACUCCAACUCACAUCAACUCCAGCCAGCAGGGCCAGUGGACAGGGAUUAUGGGAGUUGUAGUCCCAAGAACUGUCUCCUUUGUGCCAAAGCAGAAGAAUCUAGCCAAGCUUGGGACAGUGACCCAAACAUAGACUUUAUUUCUUUGUAAAGGGGUUUGGUGGUGGUGGCACUUCCUAAUAUGUGAAGAUGUUACGUUUUUCAUUUGCAUUUGGCUCUCUUAUCUGCUGGCUAGAUUUCAAAAGGUGAGCACCAGAGAAAUAGGCACUGGGCAAUACUCCAAAGUCCUUAAGUAUCAAAUGAGUACCACCAACGUUGUCCCAUUGGUUGUUGCCAGAUUAAAUUGUUGUUGUUGUUGUUGUUGUUGUUUAGUCGUUUAGUCGUGUCCAACUCUUCGUGACCCCAUGGACCAGAGCACGCCAGGCACUCCUGUCUUCCACUGCCUCCCACAGCUUGGUCAAACUCAUGCUGGUAGCUUCGAGAACACUAUCCAACCAUCUCAUCCUCUGUUGUCCCCUUCUCCUUGUGCCCUCAAUCUUUCCCAACAUCAGGGUCUUUUCCAGGGAGUCUUCUCUUCUCAUGAGGUGGCCAAAGUGUUGGAGACUCAGCUUCAGGAUCUGUCCUUCCAGUGAGCACUCAGGGCUGAUUUCCUUCAGAAUGGAGAGGUCCCUGGGACUCUCAAGUCUCCUCCAGCACCAUAACUCGAAAGCAUCAAUUCUUUGGCGAUCAGCCUUCUUUAUGGUCCAGCUCUCACUUCCAUACAUCACUACUGGGAAAACCAUAGCUUUAACUAUAUGGAACUUUGUUGGCAAGGUGAUGUCUCUGCUUUUUAAGAUGCUGUCUAGGUUUGUCAUUGCUUUCCUCACAAGAAGCAGGCAUCUUUUAAUUUCGUGGCUGCUGUCACCAUCUGCAGUGAUCAUGGAACCCAAGAAAGUAAAAUCUCUCACUGCCUCCAUUUCUUCCCCUUAUAUUUGCCGGACUAAAUAAAUCUGACUAAAAAGAUCCAGUAGCAGAAGGAUUUCGGCUUGUGCAACAGACCUUCUCCUCCCUGCAUAUUCCUCAGUGUUCUCCCCAAAUCUGUUCUAGUGGGUUGGGGGAAAGUACAGAACAAAUUUAGUUGGGUGCAUCAGGAUAGGAGAGGGAGGGUAAGUUAUUUUGCACAGCCAAAACUCCUUGCACUCGCAUAUCUGUUUUGUGGGAUGUAGCGCCCCACCCUUUUUAAUUAGCUCUUCUUUCUCAAUAGGGACACGGGUGGCACUGUGGGUUAAACCACAGAGCCUUGGACUUGCCGAUCAGAAGGUUGGCGGUUCGAAUCCCCAUGACGGGGUGAGCUCCCGUUGCUCGGUCCCUGCUCCUGCCAACCUAGCAGUUCGAAAGCACGUCAAAGUGCAAGUAGAUAAAUAGGUACCGCUCUGGCGGGAAGGUAAACUGCGUUUCCAUGCGCUGCUCUGGUUCGCCAGAAGUGGCUUAGUCUUGCUGGCCACAUGACCCGGAAGCUGUACGCCAGCUCCCACGGCCAAUAAAGCGAGUUGAGCACCGCAACCCCAGAGUCGGUCACAACUGGACCUAAUGGACAGGGGUCCCUUUACCUUUACCUUCUUUUUCUAAAAACAGGGAAGGUUUCCCUAAGGAUAGCUGCCUGAGGACUGAAUCAAGCGCCAAAAAAAAAAAAAAAGUUCUGCAGGUGGGAUUCAUGUGCCAAUCAUGAUAAUUUUUAGCUCACGACAUUACUUAAAAGCACAUCUAAAUGCAGUGCCUAUAAUGAUUGCAGCUGGAAGAUGAUGAAAGAACAUCUGCUCCAUAUCCGCUUCCAUUGGAUGUCUUUUUAUCAUGUCUGGCAACAAGCUGGUGGAGAUACAGAUGCAGCUAAAAGGCUCUGCAAAUAGAUUUCCCCCAUUUCAAAAAAUACCAGAUGUGUUAGAUUGUUAUCAUUCACAUCGGUGCUAUAGAGACAAGGCACUAGAAACGAGUGCCCGGCGACAAGAGCUUCCUGCCUGUUUUGUGCACUGGCCAUUUUCAUUGCUAGGGACCAAUCUGGUGAAAAGCAUGCAUGAGUACUUUUGAAAGCAAUACAUUUCCCUUCUUUUUAAGAGAGUGGAGAAGUGUCACACUUCAGAUGCUGGAAUCCACUAGAGAUAGAUUUAAAACUUUCAUAGUAAGAUCUGAACAUCUGUGUGCGAUAGAGGUUUCUUCGUGUACUUGGCCCCAAGUGUUGUUGUUGUUGUUGUUGUUGUUUAUUAAUUACUUAUACCCCACCCAUCUGGCCAGCCCUCCCCAGCCACUCUGGGCGGCUUCCAACAGGAUUUUUAAAAACACAUUAAAAGAGCAAACAUUUAAAACUUCCCUAAAUAGGACUGCCUUCAGAUGUCUUCUAAAAAUCAGAUAGUUGUUUGUUUACCUGACAUCUGGUGGGAGGGCAUUCCACAGGGUGGGUGCCACUACUGAGAAGGCCCUCUGCCUGGUUCCCUGUAACUUCGCUUCUCACAAUGAGAGAACCACUAGAAGGCCCUCGGAAGCUGGACCUCAGUGUCCGGGCUGAAUGAUGGCGGUGGAGACGCUCCUUCAGGUAUACUGGGCCAAGGCUGUUUAGGGCUUUAAAGUUCAGCACCAACACUUUGAAUUGUGCUCGUACUGUGAGCCAAUGUAGGUCUUUCAGUGAUUUGAAACCCUUCCUUCCGCAAUAUGGGAGAGCAAAUAGGGAAUGGCAGUUAGAGGGAGAGAAGGAGAGUGAAGGUCCAAGUAAACUUUAUUCUUUCAUUCCUUCACAGUGAGUUCCUGUUGCCCCCUCCUGCACACUCUCUUUGGCAGUGAUAGUGGGUCACCUCUCCUUGGCAGCCAAUAGGAUUAUUUGGCCUCAGCCAGUGCAAGGGGCCGCAAUACAGGAGACCCCAGGGACAUUUCCACCUGCUGUGCGAAAGGGCUUGGUCCUGCUAAAAGGAUAUACAGAGAAGAAUUGGUGUCUUUGCGUCCCAAUUCCCCUUUUGUUGUUGUUGUUGUUUAGUCGUUUAGUCGUGUCCAACUCUUCGUGACCCCAUGGACCAGAGCACGCCAGGCACUCCUGUCUUCCACUGCCUCCCGCGGUUUGGUCAAACUCAUGCUGGUAGCUUCGAGAACACUGUCCAACCAUCUUGUCCUCUGUCGUCCCCUUCUCCUUGUGCCCUCCAUCUUUCCCAACACCAGGAUCUUUUCCAGGGAGUUUUCUCUUCUCAUGAGGUGGCCAAAAUAUUGGAGCCUCAGCUUCACGAUCUGUCCUUCCAGUGAGUACUCAGGGCAGAUUUCCUUCAGAAUGGAUAGGUUUGAUCUUCUUGCAGUCCAUGGGACUCUCAAGAGUCUCCUCCAGCACCAUAAUUCAAAAGCAUCAAUUCAUCGGCGAUCAGCCUUCUUUAUGGUCCAGCUCUCACUUCCAUACAUCACUACUGGGAAAACCACAGCUUUAACUAUGUGGACCUUUGUUGGCAAGGUGAUGUCUCUGCUUUUUUCCAGUAAAGUUCCCCUUUACUGCCAAAAAAAUACCUGCUGGAGAGAGACAAUUAGGAUGCACAAUCCCAGUUCCUCCACCCCUUUCAGUCCUUCCAGCAGGAGCAUCACUCUUCUUCAUUGCCUGCAGCAUCAAUUUCCAGUGAACUCCUUGACGCAACACUUUGCUCAUUCUCUUGUGGCCCAAGGCUAUUCUGGUGCUGCUGAGAGCUAGUUCUGGAAGAGAUGUAGCUGUGCUGGACGACACACAAAUUCUCUAGUGCUCUUCAGCCUCCUGAACACCUGCAAGUUGGUCAUCAGGGGGAGCGAUGGUACUGAAUCUUUUCAUAUAAGCAAAAUCUUAUUCCAGAGAGAUGGAAAGUGCUUUCUUUAAGGUCAAACUCACCACUUGUACCUCCUUCUCCAGGCUAUUCUCUCACUCAUUCAUUCCUACUGUGUGUAGGCUCCCUUUUGAGUUUGCAGAUUUGCUGCUGUUCCAUACUAACGUGAAAUGCUGCCAGAUUCUUUUAGGGUAAUUGGGUAACAGCAGCAAUUAUGCGAUGUACAGCACUGUAAAUAUAUGUCUGCACUUCCUCUGCUGUUGAAGAGCUUAGUUUCUGGCUGUUCCAUGCCCUGGAAAUGAGGGAAUGCAAGCGACAAUCCAUUAUUCACACCAGCUCUCAGCUAAGCUUGCCAAGGUGCACAUUGGCCAUCUAUUCUGAAUUUAUUUCAUUUCUGGCAAAGUUCUCUGCGGUUCAUUGAAUCUGAGCUCAACCUUGUGAUCCACUGCCUGUCUCCCUGAGCUAUGGGCAGUCUGAACGGGAAAGCCGGUCUCGGACAGCUAUAGAUAUCUCCACGGUAUUUACAUCACGAGCAUAUGAUGCUACUUUGUGAAGAAUCGGACCAUUGGUCUCGCAGCAGAAUGCCAAGACCUCAGACAAAAGUACUUGAUUGAACUGGAGAGAUCAGAUUGAACCCCGGGCCUUUUUGCAUGCAUAGCUGUCAUCUCAGUGUCUGCUGGGAUAGUUCAUUCGGUAGAGCAUAAGACUCUCAAUCUCUGGGUUGUGGGUUCGAUUCCUAUGCUGGGUGUCAGAUGGCAAUGGUGCUUGCUCGUGAGUAACCAGCCAGGACUCCGACCUGUCUUUUACAGGUUUUAUUUUGGUGCAAAACUAUUUACAGUGCAGAGCCACAAGUUCAUGUCUGCCUCAAUCGCUAGCAGAAUCCGGGAGUGGGCGUUUCCGGGUCCUCCCCCAACAUAAGAGCUUCGUCACCCCCAGCCUUUUCCUUCCUUCUUUGUGUUUAACACCUCUGCGCAGGGUGGGUGACGGAAGGGGCGUGCUUUCCUCCUGGCUGGCUUGACCAGGAGGGUGCUGAGGCUCCCAGCAGCAUCCUCUGGUCCUUUCCCCUCUUCCCCACUGGAGGUGUGGCUUUCCUCACCACAGGAAGAGGAACUGCUUCGCAAGAUUUUCGGAGGUUCUCUGUAACCCAGCUGCCCCUCUGCUUCCCUUCCCUGUUCCAAUGGCAGUACCCUGACACUGGGGAACAGAUUCUUGCAUUGCAGGGGGUUGGACUAGAUGACCCUCAUGGUGGCCUCCAACUCUAUGAUCCUACGACGAUAACAAGUUGAUCUAAGUGGUGCAGUGAAAUGCUGUAAGCUGCUACCAAAUGGGGAUGGAACAUUACAGAGCUCUCUGUCUCAAAGAGGAAGCUUUGUAGCCUCUGUAUCCUGGAGCCAGGGUGGGGAUUUUAAGCACGCUACAUCAUUUUGGCGAUGUGCCUGAUCAUUUACCAUAAGACUCUAUAAGACUCACUUUUUCCCUCCUAAAAACUAAGGGGAAAUGUGUGUGCGUCUUAUGGAGCGAAUGCAGGCUGCGCAGCUAUCACAGAAGCCAGAACAGCAAGAAGGAUUGUUGCUUUCACUGCGCAGCGAUCCCUCUUGCUGUUCUGGCUUCUGAGAUUCAGAAUAUUUUUUUUCUUGUUUUCCUCCUCCAAAAACUAGGUGCAUCUUGUGGUCUGGUGCGUCUUAUAGAGCGAAAAAUACGGUACAUAGCAAUAUUUCUAGCAUGAGGAUUUAUUUUCCUGGUCCAGAACUGCGAAGUCAUUGAGUUCUCUUGGGCAAGUCAGUGUUUUGCUUGGCGUAAGAGUAGGAGUAGUAGGGAUCAAUAAGAAUUGCACAUCUUUUUUUGCAUUUAAAAUUGCUUUAAAAUUUUCCUACUGCUUUCUUGGAGCUUAGGAUGGCAUACAUGGUUCCCCCAGGCACAUCCACUCACAACAACCCUGUGAGGUAGAUUAGGCUGAGGUCACCCAGUGAGCUCUGUCACUAAGCAAGAGCCCUUCCACCUUCCUUGCCGCUUCAGAGUCUGUUUCUCAAACAGUUGUUUCCCCCUCCCUUUUUAUCUUCUCCUCCGUUAGAACAUUGUGGCUGUGGGAGCUGGCUUCUGCGAUGGCCUCCGCUGCGGCGAUAACACCAAAGCAGCUGUCAUUAGGCUUGGGCUGAUGGAAAUGAUUGCCUUCGCAAAGUUCUUCUGCAAGGGGCAGGUGUCCACUGCCACUUUCCUGGAGAGCUGUGGCGUGGCAGACCUGAUCACCACGUGCUACGGGGGCCGCAAUCGGAGAGUGGCCGAAGCGUUUGUUAGAACAGGAAAGGUACGGUCCCUGGGACUCGCUCUUCUUCACACUUGCUUUCCUGUGACUGACUCUUGAAUCUCUUCCGUUGUUUGGAACAAUCUUGUGACAGGUGGACACACAGAGUAAAAUAAUUGUCUGUCAUGUGGGAAAAGUACAACGCGGGUCUCAUGGUGAUUUGCUGGGGUCUUGGGAUGACAAUAAUGACAACCACAGCAUUCUCUUAAGUAGUGUUCCAUUGCAGGAUGUAUCAGAUCGGACCUGACUCCAUUACCUAGUGUGAUGAGCUCCUUAGAUAACUGGUUUUGGAAGGGAACAGGAGGGCCAAUAUUAUUUAUUUAAAAUUGGGGUGGGGGGGCGGAGUCAGGGUUUGAGGCAAGGGAAUUUUCCGAAGGUGUCCUCUACGAUUCCCUCUCCCCUCCCUUCAGUAAAUCUAGCACUGUACUCUACAGCUUAGAUAGCUCAAUUGGUUAGAUUAGAGUUUCCCAAACUUGGGUCUCCGGUUGUUUUGAGACUACAAUUUAAAGCCCUUCACGGCCUAGGACCCUUGUACCUAUGGGACCGCCUCUCCCAGUAUGCCCCACGGAGGACCUCAAGGUCCAGGGGGCCACUAGGGGGCGCAUUGGAAGAUGGCCGACAAUACCAUCUCUCUGACCCACACGGGGUAAUUAAGAGGCUGUUAUGGGAGUAGGCAACCUCCCUUGUUGCCCCAAGGAAAUGGGGAACACUGCCCUUGCCUGCUGUGCCCAUAAAUCACCCCCUAAUUUGAAAGAAGGGAGUGAGGGCCCUAGGCAGAAUGCCCCCAUGUGGACCUCGGCUCUCCUGGACGCUGUCUCUAUUGCUGCGCACUAGCUGCAGCAAUUUGGAAUAAUUAAUUACAAAAGAAGCAAAUGCACAUAUUUCAAGUGAAGAAGGGGAGUGAAGUCUGCUAAUUUAAGUGACCUCUGUGAAAGAAGACGAUGGGUUGGAGAAACAGGAAUAUUUUACGAUGAAGAUACACCAAAGGCGGGGUAUGUUGACAACGGGACUGAAUGGGGGGGGGAACCUUUUUUACUUUCCUUCUAUGUGAUUUACAAGAACCCCUCCUCAUUAGAAUCGUCGGUUGAACUGACCCAAGCAGGAUGAUUAAGGUCUGUGUGGAGAUAAACUUUAACCAAAAGUAUGCUUUAUGGAGAUCGAGAAGCAAUAAGAGCUUUUGGAAUGGCGCAGUAAUUAAUUCAGAAUCGCCAUCUUGCCAAUGGAUUUAUAGCCGGGAGGAAGAACGGACUUGUUUUCAGACUGCAUUCCUGGUGAAUCUCCUCAGAGGUUUUGAGAAAGGAGGCAGAUUGGUGAAGAUUAAUGACGCUAAGACUGUUUUGAUGUAUGGAAGUGAUGUUAUAUGGAAAACGUCUGGAUAUGGCUACUGGAUAAAAAAAAUAAUAUCCACGCAGGAUUACAAAAUGUUCUAACCAGCUUGUGGAGACUAUCAGAGGUCACAAAGAGAAAGGAAAAAUAUAUGAAAAUAACAAGAAGAGAUGUGGAAAAACAAUAAGAAAGGACUGGAUAGUACUGUGAACAUCAUAAGGUUAGAUUUGUGGACAUUAAAACAGCAGUAAGAAGCAAGAAGUUGAUUGGAUCCCCUUUGGAACUUGAAAUAUGGGUACCCCCAACAAAAAUUUUAAAUUCGGCUGUGUAAUUUGGAAUUUAUGUAAUUUGGUUUGAUUUGAUGUGAUUGGUCGGUUAAUAAAAAAUUAUUCUUAAAAAAAAAGGAGGACCUCAAGGUCCAUAAAUAGCAACACCCUAGUGGUCCCGGGCCCUAAGGAAGCUUCAACCAGAGCCAGGGCCUUCUCAACACUGGCUCCAGCCUGGUGGAACGCUCUGCUUCAUGAGGCCAGGGCCCUGCAGGAUCUGAUUUCUUUCCGCAGGGCCUGUAAGACAGGGUUGUUCUGCCUGGCCUUUGGCUUGGAGCCAAUUUGAUUCCCUCCCCCUCUUUCUUUUUCCUUUCUCCUCCUGUGAUGAGGCUGCAUUUUAACAUUUUAAUAUUUUACUGUUUCAAUAUUUUAAUGUUGUAUUUUAAUCUUGUUUUUAAUUUGUAUUCAUUCAACUUGUUUUUAUUAUUGCUUGUGAGCUGCCCUGAGCCCGGCCUUGGCUGGGGAGGGUGGGGUAUAAAUAAAAAUUAUUAUUAUUAUUAUUAUAAUUCCCAUCAUCCCUGACCACUGGGUCUUACUAGCUAGGGAUGAUGGGAGUUGUAGUCCAAAAAACAGCUGGAGACCCAAGGUUGGGAAACACUGGGUUAGAUUGGGGUGCCGAUAACGCCAAGGUUGCAGGUUUGAUCCCCGGAUGGGAUAUCUCAGGCUUCCUCCACCUCGGCCCUCCAGAUGUUUUUGGUCUACAACUCCCAUGAUCCCUAGCUAGCAGGACCAGUGGUCAGGGCUGAUGGGUGUUGUAGUCCCAAAACAUCUGGAGGGCCGAGGUUGAGGAAGCCUGAGCUGCAUAUUCCUGCAUUGCAGGGGGUUGGACUAGAUCAGUGAUGGCCAAACUUGGCCCUCCAGCUGUUUUGGGACUACAAUUCCUGUCAUCCCUGACCACUGCUCCUGUUAGCUAGGGAUGGUGGGAGUUGUAGUCGCAAAACAGCUGGAGGGCCAAAUUUGGCCAUCACUGGGCUAAAUGAUCCUGAGAGUCCCAACUCUACAGUUUUAUGAUUCUGUAUCUUGUGGAUUGUUGCAAUAGAUAGGGCUUUGGAUUUGGAGCACAUCUCUACUCUUCUGAUUUGGGGCAUGGACUGUUCUGUUUAGGUUCAGUCUGCACUGGUUCUCCUCUUGGUCCAAAGAGUUGUUAAGUUUUCUGUCUAAAUCAGGAAUGGGGAACAUCCAGCCCUCCAGAUGUUUCUGGAUUACAGCAGCCACUGUCCAUAGUUGAAGACAAAGUGGUGUGAUCUAACAAGGCAAUUUUUGUGUUUUGUGGGUUAGCCUGGAUACGUGUAAAUCUAGGGUAGCCAAGGUGGUACACUGCCCCCACCCCAACAAAAAAAAAGAUAUCGCUUAUCUACAUCUUAUGAAUCAUUAAAAGAUACACCUUUUUUGUUAAAAAAAUUGUUCAGUCUAUUGAAGAAUUGGAGCAAGAGAUGUUGAAUGGACAAAAGCUUCAAGGGCCCCAGACAUCCGCAGAGGUGUAUCGCAUUCUUCAACAGAAAGGAUUAGUGGAGAAGUAAGUGAGAUCGUGUUUAAGCCAUGUUUCGAAAUGUUUUCCUUCUCAAAUAUGCUGGCACUAGCUUCUGGUAACUUUAUUUUUGGUUGUUUUCCCCCUGGCCCCAAAUUAUUCUUUAACAUAAUCUCCAGAGCAAAUUAUACCCCAGUACCCUGAUAGAGAUGCAGUUUGGCAUGGGCUUGAACAUUUGAUGAGCAGGGUGGGGGAAAAUAGUCUGCGUGGAUCCGCUGGGGGCUUGUGUGCCUUGUCUGUGUCUGAAAGUGUGGGUGAGCACAUUCACAGCUAGCAUGCGGCCCUCAGAUAGUUGGCUGAGGGUGAAUGCGGCCCUCGCGCAAAAAGAAAAAGGAAAAAGGUUAACCAUCCCUACUAUAAAUGAACAGCUACCUUGUGGUGCCUCUCACUAAAUUAUAUUCAUUGUUUAUAUCAGACAUAGGCAAACUCGGCCCUCCAGAUGUUUUGGGACUACAACUCUCAUCAUCCCUAGCUAACAGGACCAGUGGUCAGGGAUGAUGGGUGUUGUAGUCCCAAAACAUCUGGAGGGCCAAGUUUGCCUAUGCCUGGUUUAUAUGCAAAUAAAAGAAGCAUUUCUACAGAACCCACUGACAUUAAUGUAUUGACGAAAGAUUCAUCGCAAAGGUAAAGUUAAAAUGUAAGUUGUCUCUUCAUGUCUGUCUCGGUGGAAAACAUGAGCGCUGGUUUCAUUGUAUUCAAGUACUCGUGCAUUUAAUAGAUGGCUGCUCCCAAUGAUGGAAUAGUCUUUUGAAUAAUCAUGAGAAAUUCCCAGGGACUUUUACCAAAAGACCUUAGAAAUCGAGUGGUUCCCCCACUUUUUCAUUGUUCUUUUUGUUCAAUCUAGUCUCCCAAAUAAUUGCUUGCUUUUGACUGGCAGUUCCUUUCAGGAGUGCCGCUUUUAUCCAUCAGCUUUAAAAGCAAUUUCCUUGGGUUGUCAUGUUUUCUAUAUUACAGGCUGAUGUUGUAGUUUUACCAAGGAACAAGAUGCGCAUAGUAGCUUAUUGGAGGAACUUGGAAGCUCCCACUGAAUUUGGUUUUCCGCUCUUGUUCUGCCCCCCCCCCAUAAAAAGAGUUGAAAAAUGUUUGGCCUUCCCACUUUUGCCAACUCAGAUCUCAGUAUUCUUGUUUUAUCUGCUUCCACCUUUUAACACCCAGCGGGAGGCAAGGAAGAGAAAUGCGUCACACAUGUCCAAAGUCCAUUUUGGGGGCUUAAUCCUAAAAAACAGGAUUUGUUUUGUUCCUAGAAGGAACAAGGAGAUCCAUGAGCAGAACUCUGCUUGUGGAACAGGGCACAUUUGGCUACCGUAAAGAGAAUGUGGGGAGACUAUUUUAGGCAGUUCCCCCUGCAUCUGAAAAUCUGCCCUGGAGUGUUGAGGGAUGAUGUUAGAGGUGGCUACAGGUAUAAGGUGGAAUUGAGGAAGAUUGACUUCUCAGCUCUGUUUAACAAAAGCCUCUGCCAAACUGAAGUUCCUUCCUCAAAUGGAAAGGCUACGUCAGUUUGCAGAAGGAUUUGUGUUAGAGCCAGCCCUGUCUCGUGUUAGUAACAGCAACACGGUAUGCUUACAUUGCUUACUGAGUCCAAGGCAGCAUUUUUAUUGCCACAAACGAAAAAGAUACAGUGGUGCCUCGCAAGACGAAAUUAAUCCGUUCCGCGAGUCUCUUCAUCUUGCGGUUUCUUCGUCUUGCGAAGCACGGCUAUUAGCUGCUUAGUGGCUUAGCGGCUAUUAACGGCUUAGCGGCUUUAAGAAAAAGGAAACAAACUCGCAAGAACUCGCAAGACGUUUCGUCUUGCGAAGCAAGCCCAUAGGGAAAUUCGUCUUGCGGAAUGACUCAAAAAACGGAAAACUCUUUCGUCUAGCGAGUUUUUCGUCUUGCGAGGCAUUCGUCUUGCGGGGCACCACUGUACCUGGUUCCCAGGAAUGGCAGCAAACAAAUGAGCACAUUCUUUUUCUUUUUUCCCCCCCAAAAAUUAUUAAUUUUCCACGUUUAUAACAGAUAUAACAUAAAAAACACACAAAAGAAAACACAUUACAAUACUAAAAAGAAAAAGAAACAAAAAUAUAAACAUAUAUUACUUGUAAAACCCAAUUUAUCUUUCAUUGUUAACCUACUUCCUUUAAUCCCCCCUAACUGAAUUUCAUUGUGUCACCUUGUAACAGGUCUCCAAAAUCAUCUUUCUAGUAAAAUUAACUCCUUCAAUUUACUAUCUUCUUCUCUUUUCUUAAUAGUCUAAAUCCAUAUUUCAACAAAUGAGCACAUUCUUAAUAGCAGCCUAAGCCUCGUUGCAAAGAUUUCACACUUGCCUUUGAAGGAGGAGGAGGGAUUAUUUAACAUCCACCCGUGCUUAUCGUUUGCACAGUGUCAUAUCGUUUGCACAAAAUAACUUCUAGGGAUCUACCUGACCUCAGACAAACCCACCAGGGGAAAGAUGCAUCCCCUGCUUGCUAGGGGAAAGGGCAAACUACAGAGAAAAGAAGUGUGCUAAAGGGGAUGGGACAAUAGCAGCUCUUCAGGAUCCUGGAGAUUCCUAUGGCCUGAUGUCCAGAGAACUCACUUACCAAUCACAGCUCGGACUUCACUCAUUGUCUGAAAACACUUGACAGGUGGAAGCAGUCAGGUUGGCUCAUUUCACAGAAAUAGCUUAGGAUACAUGUGUAUUUUACUUCCUAACUUUCUAGAAGGGUUAGAAAAUGGGGUGGGGAAAGAAAGCUCAGAAUAUGGGCCUUUGGGCCCUGAGUUGGCCACCAUAGCAUCUACAACUGACUUUUCUUGGGAGAUGAAAUUUUUGUUUAGAUGGACAGUUGUCUAAAAUGUCCCAUAAAGAACUCUUGCAUUAAUUCGUAUACAUUCCUCAAGCUCUGUUUCAGCAAUAGACCUUUUCAUUGAGGUUUAAAUAAAUAGAUUAAACAGAACAACAUAAAUAGAAAUACGACAAAUACGAUAGAUACAUAGAUCAAAGAUAGAUAAAAGCACAGAUAGAUCAAUAAACAGAUAAAUAGAUAGACAGAACAGAUUAAAUAGAUAAUAUCACCUUUGCAUUUCAGUUAUAAAUUUACAUAGUUGCUAGACCUCAUCAUACCUCCUCUUGUGUAUUCCAGUUCAAAUUGUUUGUCCAGCAAUUUCUUUCCAGACUUAUUAAUCCCAGUCUUUAAUCUUAAAUAGUAUCAGCAUUAAAAUUUUACCUCUUAAAAACCAAAUUUCCAUUUCCUUAAACUUCUUUAAUCCUAAUCUUUAAUCUUAAUCUAUCUAUAGCUUUGAAUCCUGUACAGCUGGAAACCACUUAUUUUCAAUCCAACAUCACUCUAACAUUCUUUAAUUUUGCAGUGUUUCUGUAAAUAAUCUUUGAAUUUCUUCCAAUCUUCCUCUAAUUCGUAUACAUUCCUCAAGCUCUGUUUCAGCAACAAACCUCUUCCCUAGAUAGAUAAAUAGAUCGAUAGAUCGAUCGAUAGAUCGAUCGAUUGAUAGAUAGAUAGAUAGAUAUAGAUUUGAUAGAUAGAUAGGUAGAUAGAUAGAUAUAGAUUUGUGUAUCAAAUUUUGUUCUGCCAUCAAUGCAUCCUGAACGCUCGGCAUUCUUAGCUUUUCUCCUCUCCAUCAGUAAAACGUUUUCCUUCCUCUCGUGUCUGUUUUUUAGGUUUCCACUAUUUGCUGCUGUCUACCAAAUCUGCUACGAAGGGAAACCCGUCCAGGAUAUGAUUUCCUGUCUUCAGAGUCACCCCGAGCAUAUAUAACGCAUGCCUUGCCAUUGUUGCAAUUCCUGCCUUUUCAUAGUAACACGUGGGUUCAAAUGGGUAUAAUGAAGUUUUGCAAAGCGUUAACUCCGUUAAGCAAUCAUGGCAAAAUGAAUGUCAAUUUGUGGGUAAUUUUCAGUUUGAUGUAAUAGUGCAACGCCUAGAAUGUCAGCAGUCUUUUUUUUACUGGCUAACAUUUUGGGUAGAUUUCAGAAUAACGCCGAGUGGGGCUUUCACACUCCUCUAAGUAUCCAUGUAUGUGUCUUAGCAGUAUGGAAAAUGCUUGAUGUUUUUGUAGCCUUCAUUCUGAUGCUUUCUUUUUCUAAAGGGACCCAUCUGGAGCACUCCAGUGAUUAUUGUCGGGGGUGGGAGAGAAAGACAGGUACAGAUCCUUUUUCUUUUUUAUGGGCAUCGGAGAUGGCCUGAAAUGCAUUCUGCAUUGAGGCUCUUUGCUAUAUACAUAAAAAAUUAGCUUCUGUAAUGUACACCCAGCUUUUAAUCAGGGUUACAUGCCUUUUCUUGAGAAUGUUUCUUUUCUUUAACAAAUGUUUUGAUGAUAAUCAAUUUGAUAGCAUUUAUUAGGCGAGGGAGGAGCACUUUGACCUUUUAACUUACUUACAUUUUAAAAGAGAUUUUAAGAAAUUGAGGGGGGGGAGAUCAAAUGUGUUUAAAUAGUUGCAAUAUCUUUCAUCUUUUAAAAAGGGGAAGUAAUGUAGACAGGGCCUGUGUACCAGACAAGGGGCUUUAUAGAUAUGGCUUUGGUGCUUAGCAUCAUCCCACGUUUAUUACCAAAACGAAACUGUGGUUUUGGAACAUGCGAAUGCAAAACUGCCCUUAUGCCGGCUGGAUUCAGGCAAACAGGGUUGUGGGGGGGUGAGAGAGAGAGAGAGAGAGAGAGAGAGAGAUUAUUCUCUGAUCCAGUGCAUGUAUGAGGGAAAUUGCAAAUUCAUUGCCACUUGGCUUGGAAAGCUAUUCAAAGGAAUUCCCAACAGAUACUCAGAUGCAAUCUUGCUACUGAUCUGCUGGCAUGCUUUGAUGUGUUGGAAAUGGCCAGUACGCAGAGAGGAAAAACCUCUUGCGGUUCUGUUGUUUGUCCACUCCUCAAGUUACAUUAGAAAUAGCAAAUUCUCCUGUAUCCCACAGAAAGAUUCCUACACAGGGAACUUAGUGCUGUUAUACUGUUAUCUGACAGCAACUUGUGUGGUUGUGAUUCACAGGCCCUGCUUUCUAGCACUCAGUAUGUUGUGCUUAGUGUAGAUCGGAGGUGGAUAACUUGUGGCCCUCCAGAUGUUGUUGGACUCCAUUUCCCAUCAGCCCCAGCCAGCAUGGCUGAUGGUAAGGGAUGAUGGGAGUUGUAGUCCACAACAUCUGGAGGCGCACAGGCUCCCCAUCCCUGGUGUAGGUAAUAUACCAGGGGUUGCUCAGAAUACCACACACCGAUGAAUGUGAUGCCAAUUCCCAUUAGCACAUGAUUGUAUAAUAAGCGAACUGUGUUCAGUUAUGACUGUGGUUUAUUUCAGUGCCUGUUAUGACUUCUCUGCCCAGCUGUUGAAAUCUAUUUAAUAGUACCCGCUGACUUAAAAUGAGAAAUGUUUCUGGGCGUUCUUCCUCAUCUAAACUGCCUUGACCUCCUUAAGCGUGUAUAGGACUGUGGUCUUAAAGACUGAAAUAAUUACUUUAUCUUGACUUAGAGCUGUUGAAGAAUCUGAUAUGUCCCUCAAUUCCCUUGUUAGAAUUGGACAUUAAAUACCGUAUUUUUUGCUCUAUAAGACUCACUUUUUCCCUCCUAAAAAGUAAGGGGAAAUGUGUGUGUGUCUUAUGGAGCGAGUGCAACCCGCACAGCUAUCCCAGAAGCCAGAACAGCAAGAGGG